CCUCCGCGCUACUCCGUCGGGUCCCGCCUAUUUUCUGCUCCCCUGGAGCUUUAGGCUCGUCUUGGCCCAUUUGAAGACCAGGAAGUUGAUAAAUCGCGAGGCCCGCUGCUGAGAGACGGUGGCUCGGGUGGGACAAUCGCCAGGGAUGGCGGAGCGUAAGGAUGGAGCGGGUGUCCGGGCUGCUUUCCUGGACGCGGAGCAGAGUCCUGUGGCUCUCCGGCCUCUUUGAGCGGGGAGCUGCCCGGCAGCCCCGGAUCAUGGAAGAGAAAGCGCUAGAGGUUUAUGAUUUGAUUCGAACCAUCCGGGACCCAGAGAAGCCCAAUACCUUAGAAGAACUGGAAGUGGUAACCGAAAGUAGUGUGGAGGUUCAGGAGGUAAACGAAGAAGACUAUUUGGUUAUUAUCAGGUUCACGCCAACAGUACCUCACUGCUCUUUGGCAACCCUUAUCGGGCUGUGCUUAAGAGUGAAACUUCAGCGGUGUUUACCGUUUAAACAUAAGUUGGAAAUCUACAUUUCGGAAGGAACCCACUCAACGGAGGAAGACAUCAACAAGCAGAUAAAUGACAAAGAGCGAGUGGCAGCUGCAAUGGAAAACCCCAAUUUACGGGAAAUCGUGGAACAGUGUGUCCUUGAACCUGACUGAUUGCUGUUUUAAGAGCCACUUAACUUUAAUUGUUUGGUAUAUUUGUUUAAAUUCUUUGUAAAAUGUAAAGAUUCAUGUUUAAUACAUAGGUGAUUUGUACCUCGAAGCAUUUUUUUAAUGGAUGAUUUGCAAGCAAGAUUUAAUUAUAUGUAGUACCUAGUUUGUUCAGUGUAUAACAUUCUCAGGAUUUGUAACACUUAAAUGAUCAGACAGAAGAAUAUUUUCUAGUUAUUAUGUGUCAGACAAGUUGCUAUUUUUCUGACUCCUCUUCUGGUACAACUACUUUUCAUGUCAAAUAUUUACUGUGCCCAAAUGCGUUCAAUUUAAAUCAUUACUCUGUAGAAUAAAUAAAACAGAGAUGAUUCUUGUAAUGACA